UAAAAUGUAAUUUUUCUAAUUUGUUUUGGCGUGCACUUGGACUAUCUUCUUUACUAUCAAAGAAACCAAUCAGUAGACAAUCUCGAUACAGCCAAGUAGUGAAGAUCUAUGUUCACUUCACUUCCUUUCCCCAUCUAGAAAUUUGUAAGUAGAAAGGAAAACACAUGCAGCAUAUUAGUGAAUAGAAAGAGUUUGGGGUAUUUGAUCAAGAGCAUACAUGCAUAUGUAGGAAUAAGGUUACACUAUUUCGUGGUUUGAUUUGUAAGAUAGUUAAGUUGAGUUCACAUGGCGAUCUCCACAGCUAAGGGAAGCAGAAACUUGGAAGCUGUCACUCCUCUUCUGGUCAGGGAUGAUGAUGAAGUGCUGGAAGGUUAUGUGGAUUACAGGGGCUAUCCGUCUAAGCGAUCCAAAUCAGGAGGGUGGAGAUCAGCAUCUUUAAUCCUAGGUGGUGGAAGUCUUGAGAGGUUUGCAUUUCGCGGGAUAGAAUGCAAUCUCGUAAACUAUCUGACGGGGCCGCUUGGACAGUCCAUGGCAAUUGCAGCUGGAAAUGUAAAUUUGUGGACAGGUUUAGGAUCCUUGAUGCCAGUUUUUGGAGCAAUAGUUGCCGAUUCAUUUCUUGGCCUCUAUCAAACGAACAUCAUUUCUUCCAUCCUCUACAUCCUGGGACUCGGCUUUUCGACCCUAGCAGUUGAACUUAUUUCAAACAAUCAAGAAACGAGCAGGAUUGCAGCUGUCCCAUCUACUGAACUGCAAGUUUUAUUUUUCGUCUCGCUAUACUUGGUAGCAUUGGCGCAAGGAUAUCAAUCCACCAUACAAGUCUUCGGAGCUGAUCAAUUUGAUCGACAACAUCAAGAAGAAAGCAAAGCCAAUACCUCAUUUUUCAAUUGGUGGCUUUUUGGAUUGUCUUUAGGUGUUGCUUUAGCAUAUCUGAUCUUACCCUACAUUCAAGAAAAUAUAGGGUGGGGAAUUGGUUUUGGAAUUCCAUGUCUAGCAAUGGUAAUUGGGCUCAUCCUACUUUUACUGGGACAUAGAACUUACCGCUUUGCUAUUAGAAGAGAUGAUACAUGCCCUUGCUCGUAUGAAGACGAUCAAGAAGCUUCGCAAAAUAAUCCUCAACAAAUCAUUCAAGCUCACGAGUUUCUCAACAAAGUUUUGCAUGCAAAGAAAGAUGAUACAAAGGACAAUAUCAUCUCAGGUUCCUCCAGGAGUAAGCAUACAGAAGUAAAGAAAACUCUAAAGCUGCUCCCCAUAUGGUCUUCUUGUUUAAUGUACGCAAUUGCCUGGGCACAAGUUCCCACAUUUUUUACCAAGCAAGCAACCGGAAUAACAAGCUCUUAG